AUGAUGCACACUCAUCAGUGGGAUAAAAACGAAACCGACCCAUCGGUCGCCGAUCUCAGUUGCAGUCGAACGACCAGCGUGACGGGACAGCAACGGCGUGUCAUGUUGAAGUUGGCACUGUGUUUGCUCACUGCCGGAGCAUUGGUACAGGUGGCCCAAGCUGCCGAUAACCCUUGUGCUGCCGGACCACCGGUUGAUACGAAUCCGGCAGAAUGUUGUCCGACACCGAUGCUCAUGGAGGGUACGAUCAUGAUGGACUGCUACCAGAAGUAUGGCGAGCAGACCAAGAAACAGCUCCAGAUGGAUGGCAUUCCGCGCGGUUGUUGCAUUGCCGAGUGUGCCAUGAACGCGACCAACAUGUACGCGGACGGUAUGCUCAAGCGGGACGAUCUAUCGAAGAUGUUUAUGGACGCCGUGAAGGAUAAGCCGGAAUGGAUGUCACUGGUGCGGGAUGCUACGAACGCUUGUUUCGAGCUGGCGGAAAAGAAGAAGGAUGAAAUUGAGGCCGGUGCCAAGCUGGAGCCAAGCUUCGAAGGUGAAAAGAUCUGUCAUCCCAUCUCCGGUACCAUUCUGCGCUGCAUGGGCAUGAUGAUGUUUGCCCAGUGUCCGGCAUCCGUUUUCAACGUGAACGAUAACUGUAACAAGCUGCGAGAGUACGGCAGCAUGUGUCCGAUGAUUUAAACCGUCCGGCAUGAGCAUGUGGGAUGAGAAUGCAUUGUGACCAGCAACCAGUAGCAUGGUAGGAAAUAGUGAAAAUAAAUUAUGUAUUGUGCAAAGUA